UCGGGUCUUGCAACACUGCGAUUCCGUCACUCCACCACUGGUCCAUGUGGCGUUUUGCUGCAGCAGCACCACAUUGAUCUAAGAGAGCCCCGUACGGGCAGUAGUGCAAAUAUCGUCUCCACGGCAACGGCGUGGUUGAAGGUGAGCUCCCCCCCAGGGUGUUGAUCAGUCAGGGUUGUGAACAGACACAGGAUGCAACCCCCCCCCCCCCCCCCCCCCGACACCCCUCCCUAUGCCCACCCUCACCUCCAUCCAACCCUUCCAUCCCGCUCUUCCCUCACCUCCCUCCUUCCCAUCUAUCCGCUCUCAGAGACAGUGAGUGCUCUAUGCUAAUGAUGGCCCCCUGUCUCCUUUUGUUCUAAGAGUCUGUAGUGAUGAUGGUGUUUAAUCUGAGUUCUGCCCCCGGUCCACUCACAUGAAAGUAGGAGGAUUUAGCCAGGGAAAACCCCCCUCUGGGCUGUCAGCCUCUCACCCUGGGCUCCCCUUCACAUGAAAGUCCUGACACACGGGCACGCACAUCAUGAACGCGGACACACACACAUACUGGGCCUGCAUGUAUGCACGCACACUCACACACCCACCCCUUACCCUCCCUACAACCCCCAUCUCUCAUUCCAUUGUGGUUCUGAGCAGCACAGCGGGAUCUAUCACCCCCUCCUGUGUACAGUUUUAGUAAAAGAACGACGCAAGCUAGGAAGAAGGGAAAAUGGCGGAGGGGGGUAAUUUAGGAGUGAUAUUUAUAGAGGGUGGCCAUGGCGGUGGUGUAUUAAAGCUGAUUGAGUUAUCCGCUAAGGAUAUGGCUUAUGGCUAUCUGUAUUACCAGGCUUUCACAACCACCAAUCAUAGGCCUCCACCACGGCCCGUAGCCCCGCCCCUUCCACGCACACAGUACACACACCUCACAAUGACCCAUAGAUGAAUCCACUGUAGUUUGUCAGUUUUUAUGAGGAAUCUUAAUAACCCCAAAGCAUCUCCACUUUCAUUAGAUUUAAUCAUGAAUUAUGAUCCUGUGUUCUCAUUUAUCACAUUUAUUGAAUUAUCUGGUUAAAGAGAAUGCCUCUGUCCUACUGUGUCUGUGAUGGAUGCAGUAACUAAAAUAUUAUUCUGUAGGAUGGUUUGACCUGUAGUUUUUACACACACAUACACUACAUAUGCGCAGUUGUAGUAAAAGUGUGUCGGUUCAUGUUACCGGUGGGUGUCAGUUCAAAGCCCCCAUGUUUGGUUUCUACUCUAGAAUGAGAUUCUUCAUAUUGGAAUCCAAGCUGCCAAUGGAAUGAAUGAAUGAUUACCUGCUAAUUCACAAAACAACCCUAGUUGCUAAUUAGCAACUCGCUCACACAGACUCCCUCCUAUACAGUAGGUUUUCCUAUUUGAAGCCAGGGUUGUUUAAGGCUACUUCAAACACGUUUGGGAAUAGUGCUUCGAAAGUCAAGUGCACAGUAAAGAAUUGCAGGCAGGCUGGCUGUCCUAGAUUGGCUGUGUAGUGGGGCUGAAACCAGUCCAGGGCUGCGUCCCAAAUGGCACCCUAUUCCCUACAUGGUACACUACUUUUGACCAGAGCCCUAUGGGCCCUGGAUAAAAAGCAGUGCACUAUAUAGGGAAUAGGGUGCCAUUUGUAAGGCAGCCCAGGACGCAACUCAGUCCCGUCUGUCUCUUAUGGAGCAGCUAGAUAAUGGAGCAGUCUUUAUAGAGGGUGCUAACUGUGCCACCCAGGUCAUCUAUACUGAACAAAAAUAUAAACGCAACAAUUUCAACGUUUUACUGAGUUACAGUUCAUAUAAGGAAAUCAGUAAAUUUAAAUAAAUAAAUUAGGCCUAAUCUAUGGAUUUCAGAUGACUGGGAAUACAGAUAUGCAUCUCUUGUUCACAGAUACCUUAAAGAAAAGGUAGGGGCCUGGCUCAGAGAACCAGUCAGUAUCUGGUGUGACCAGCAUUUGCCUCAUGCAGCGAAACGCAUCUCCUUCGCAUAGAGUUGAUGAGGCUGUUGGUUGUGGCCUGUGGAAUGUUGUCCCACUCCUCUUCAAUGGCUGUGUGAAGUUGCUGGAUAUUGGCGGGAACUGGAACACUCUGUCGUACACCUCGAUCCAGAGCAUCCCAAACAUGCUGAAUCGGUGACAUGUCUUGUUAGUACACAGGCCAUUGAAGAACUGGGACAUUUCCAGCUUCCGUGAAUUGUGUACAGAUCCUUGCGACAUGGGGCCGUGCAUUAUCAUGCUGAAACAUGCAGUAAUGGCACGACAAUGGGCCUCAGGAUCUCGUCACGGUAUCUCUGUGCAUUCAAAUUUCCAUUGAUAAAAUGCAAUUGUGUUCGUUGUCCGUAGCUUAUGCCUGCCCGUACCAUAACCCCACCGCCAACAUGUGGCACUCUGUUCAUAACGUUGACAUCAGCCAACCGCUCGCCCACAUGUCACCAUACACAUGGUCUGCAGUUGUGAGGCCGGUUGGAUGUACUGCCAAAUUCUCUAAAACAACGUUGGAGGCGGCUUAUGGUAGAGAAAUGAACAUUCAAUUAUCUGGCAACAGCUCUGGUGGACAUUCCUGCAGUCAGCAUGCCAAUUGCUUGCUCCGUCAACUUGAGACAUCUGUGGCAUUGUGUUGUGUGACAAAACUGCACAUUUGAGUGGCCUUUAAUUGUCCCCAGCACAAGGUGCACCUGUGUAAUGAUCAUGCUGUUUAAUCAGCUUCUUGAUAUGCCACACCUGCCAGGUGGAUGGAUUAUUUUGGCAAAGGAGAAUUGCUCGCUAACAGGUAUGUAAACACAUUUGUGCACAAAAUUUGAGAGAAAUACACUUUUUGUGCAUAUAGAACAUUUCUGGGGUCUUUUAUUUCAGCUCAUGAAACAUGGGACCAACACUUUACAGGAUGCGUUUAUAUUUUUUUUCAGUGUAUAAUUAAGACACAGGCCUGACAAUGAUGUCAGAAAGAACUAAGGCUCUCAGCCAUGGCCAGACAUACUGUAUGCUCCCAUUAUUUUUCGUUCUCUUUCUCUCUCCUAUUUCUUUCUCUCUAUUUCUCGAUCGAUCUCUCUCUCUCCCCCACCCCACCUCGCACUCUGUCAAAUCAAAUCAAAAUGUAUUUGUCACAUGCGCCGAACACAACGGGUGUAGACCUUACCGUGAAAUGCUUACUUACAAGCCCUUAACCAACAAUGCAGAAUUAAUAAACUAAAGUAAGAAAAAAAAGUUUCACAAAAUAACAAUAACGAGGCUAUAUACAGGGGGUACCGGUACCGUGUCAAGGUGCGGGGUACAGGUUAGUCGAGGUAAUUGAGGUAAUAUGUACAUGUAGGUAGGUAGGGGUAAAGUGACUCUCUCUCUCCCUCUCUCCAAGCAAAGCUUUACACACAUUCCAGGAUCUGACAUUAUUAUAGUGUUUGUGUGCGUGCGCCCACAAACCCGCAAGUGUGUGUGUGAUGCUGCCAAAGCAAGGGUCUCAGCAUAUCCUACAUCAUGCAGCAUAGGCAAUGUAGACAUGUCAUUAUGUAGACAUCAUUAACCCCAUAAAUAAGCCAUGAGGCAAAUCGGAGUGUGGGGGGGUGAAUAGGUUUCGGAGAGUAGGAGUAUGUGCGGUUGAGUGAAAUUCUGUGUGUUCGUGCGUGCAUGUGAUGUCAUUGAUGUGAUUUGGAGUGAUGGACUAACUGAACUGUCAAUCUUCAAGAGGGAGUGUUGCUGCAAUGUUGAUGAAUCGAUCUGCUCUCCCCUCAGCCCCAUGUUCCUUAUACUGUCUGGUGGAAGACAACACUGUCAAACACAGACAGAUAAACAAACACCGUAAUGUUCUAUUCUAUCCAUUCUAUUCUAUAUCAUCUGACGGACACAGAAAGCUAUUUUAUCAUCCCAUUUGUAUAUAUACACCCCAGCCUUUAUAACAGAAAGACUCCUUAACAGUAGAGGAAAUCAACCCCUGCUUUCUUCAAAUAUUUUUAAUGAAUUUAAAGAACAUAUCAUUUCUCAUCAUCGCUCUUAGACGGUGACUUCCCAUUUGAAGUACAGUACAGUAAACACAAAGACUCAGAGAACAAAAGAAGCCUUUGAGACAAUGCAGGGGGUAACGACUAACUAGACAUCCUGUAAAAAAAGAAGAAGAGGUGCUGAUGCAUUGCCUUUUGUUAUUGUUGUUGCUGUCUGGCUGAUCAGAGGAAUGAAGAGACAGCUGAAAGAGAAGCAGUGGAACACUAACAGCCAGUUGACUCUAGUGCUCCCAGUAUGUCUUCCAGUAUAGCUGGGAUUUAAUGGGAGCUGAUUGUUCCAGUUGACUGAGGUAGAGACUUCCUGCUAGAACUGGCAAAUCUUUUUAAAGGCCCAUUGCCAUUAAUUCACAUCAGGAGGACGCGGUUUAUUGCAACAAUGUUGGAUUUAGGUCAAACUCAUUUGGUAUUUAUCUCCGUGCCAAUACAUUGUGAAUAUGGGGAAUGAUUCAGUGAAUUGUUUUCAUUGAAUAUACAGUGGAAUCUUGCAUUACUUUUGCUGUGCUGUGCCAUAAUUCGCUGACCCCAAAAAUGCAAGUGACUAGGACUCCCUUAAUCAAAUCAAAUCACAUUUUAUUGGUCACAUGCGCCGAAUACAACAGGUGCAGACAUUACAGUGAAAUGCUUACUUACAGCCCUUAACCAACAGUGCAUUUAUUUUAAACAAAAAAAGUAAGAAUAAAACAACAACAAAAAAAGUGUUGAGAAAAAAAGAGCAGAAGUAAAAUAAAGUGACAGUAGGGAGGCUAUAUAUACAGUAAAAUAAAGUGACAGUAGGGAGGCUAUAUAUACAGGGGGGUACCGUUGCAGAGUCAAUGUGCGGGGGCACCGGCUAGUUGAGGUAGUUGAGGUAAUAUGUACAUGUGGGUAGAGUUAAAGUGACUAUGCAUAAAUACUUAACAGAGUAGCAGCAGCGUAAAAAGGAUGGGGUGGGGGGGCAGUGCAAAUAGUCCGGGUAGCCAUGAUUAGCUGUUCAGGAGUCUUAUGGCUUGGGGGUAGAAGCUGUUGAGAAGUCUUUUGGACCUAGACUUGGCACUCCGGUACCGCUUGCCGUGCGGCAGCAGAGAGAACAGUCUAUGACUAGGGUGGCUGGAGUCUUUGACAAUUUUGAGGGCCUUCCUCUGACACCGCCUGUAUAGAGGUCCUGGAUGGCAGGGAGCUUUGCCCCAGUGAUGUACUGGGCCGUACGCACUACCCUCUGUAGUGCCUUGCGGUCAGAGGCCAAGCAGUUGCCAUACCAGGCGGUGAUGCAACCAGUCAGGAUGCUCUCGAUGGUGCAGCUGUAGAAUUUUUUGAGGAUCUGAGGACCCAUGCCAAAUCUUUUUAGUCUCCUGAGGGGGAAUAAUCACGUAACAAAAAAAACUUUCCCAGACAUUCUUUCCAAGAAAUGACGCACAAGACUGUAUAUAUGCUUACAAUCCUGAGUAAAAAAAUUAAAUACCCGCCAGGCUGAGUUCUUACCACUACGGUCAGCCCCCUGAUUGAAAACAGCAAAGAGCCAGGCAGAGACGAGCAGUUAGUCCCAUUCACCCGAAGCAUAGAUAGACCUAACACACACGCACAUACUCACAGUUAAGGGCGCUAACUAUCUCCUAUCUGAACACAGUUUUAUUAUCAUCAUUACAAGAUGUCAUUCACAUAACCUCCAUGGUCUGUCACGGUCAGGUAUGACAUCAUAUUGAGUCAAGGCUGAAGGCUGACAACACUGACUGGCUUUGUUUAACUUGUGAUAAGAGUUGAUGAGAGAGAGAGAACAUGAGUUUGAAUGGAAUUACCAGUGACCGAGUAUUGUACUGAACCGAGUAGUUGGCCUAUCUUCUCCCUGCCUUUUGGCUUACGUUCGUUUUAUUUAGUCUUGCUUUGGCCAAACUGAUGGGUCUCUAGGCAUAGGGGCUGUGGGAAGAGACUAUUUUGAUUUGCUACAUACUGUAUGUAUUUGUGCAAUCAAUGCAUGCAUUCCUCCUUUCAUAUAUGAUAUGUGUGUUAUCUGCCCGGUACCCUCUGUGUGUUCCCCUCCCAUGACUCAGUGCUGCUAUCUGAAGAUAUCAGUCUACCUCAGUAUGGAGCGCAUAGGGGGUUUGUGUGACCAUACAUAGCUACUGUUGUGGAGAGGAGACAAUCUGUCUCUGUUAUGCUAUGAAAUGCAGCCUUCCGUCGUUAUCCUUUUCUCCUUCAUAGAAAUAAAUGGAGAAUAGAUAUGGAGCCAGAUAAAUUAUGACAAGCAUGGCUUUGACAUCCCUUCCUGGAUCGAUCCAUCCAUUAUACAAUGUACUAUUCCCUUUAAAAGCGUGUAGCAUAACCAUCCAUCAUCCAUGUCCGACUGUAUAUCCCCAGUUGUGCUUUCUGAGAGUAGAUUCUGAUUCACUGUAGUAGUCUCCAGAGUAGCUGGAUAUAAUAUAUUGUAUAUGGGUCUUUCUAUAAAUAAUAGGGCCAAUGUGUGACAUUGGGAUCAACAUUUCAAAAUGGUUUGAAACAAAAAUAAAAAAGAUUUUUAUGCAUUUACACAUGUGUACUUAGAGGAAUAAAAGUGAAUAUAUGCAAGUUGGCCCAUAACUCCACCUAAACAACAACAUAGGCCUAGGACUAUACAUCCUUUAAGAAGGUUCAUACAGACAUUUCCAAGCACUUAAUUGUAAUGUUAAAGGACCUCAAUGUUAUAUAAUUGUAUAAUUUAUAUAAUUGUACACAUAGGGCCUAAUACAGACCCCCCCACACACAAAAAGCAUGCAAAACGUGUAAAAGAAAAAGUAGGCUAUUACCACUUUAAUUAUGCAUUUUGGUAGGCCUUGAUAUUAACAUUAUUCUCAAAUAUGUGGUGAUAAUGUGGACAUUGCCUGACUAAAUGGCGAUUUUUCUGUAGCCUGUGUGGCCGACGCAGGCACACAUAAUAAAGCCAUGAAUAGAGGGAGCAUUAAUCUCACCAUCGCUGUUUUUAUAAUGAGAAAGUGAUGAAAAACCAGGUUCCUUUUUUAAUGGAAGGAUUUGUAUGGAAAGACAAAUUGAAGCCAACAGAUGUUGUCAUCCACAUAAUAAUCGCACGUGGUUUUACUGCGACAGAGUAGCGCAACACCCUUCAAUUGAGGGAAACAAACGAAAGUUGCCACAUCUCUCACAAAAACUGAUGAAAAAUGAAAUCACAGAUAUUUAUAAGGGAGCAGGAGAACUUAUACAUUGGCUACAAUAAUAACAAGGUCUUUUCAAGCACCAAAUUGAGGAAAUGUCUGAUUUUCAAUAUAGGCCUAUUCCAGUACCUUGAAUUUCUGAGGUCCAAGUUCAAGUAGGCUACUUCAAGACCCUUGUAUUGUUUACAGAGGUGUAAAGUACUUAAGUAAAAAUACUUUAAAGUACUACUUAAGUAGAUUUUUUGGGUAUCUGUACUUUACUUUACGAUUUAUAUUUUUGGCUACUUUUACUUUUACUUCACUACAUUCCUAAAGGAAAUUAUGUACUUUUUACCCCAUACAUUUUCCCUGACACCCAAAAGCACUCGUUACAUUUUGACAGGAAAAUGGUCCAAUUCACACACUUGUCAAGAGAACAUCCCUAGUCAUCCCUACUGCCUCUGAUCUGGCGGACUCACUAAACACAAAUGCUUUGUUUGUAAAUUAUGUCUGAGUGUUGGAAUGUGCCCCUGGCUAUCAGUCAAUACAAAAAUACAAAAACAUGGUGCCAACUGGUUUGCUUAAUAUAAGGAAUUUGAAAAGAUUUUUACUUUUACUUUUACUUUUGAUACUUAAGUACAUUUGAGCAAUUCCAUUUACUUUUGAUACUAAAGUAUAUUUAAAACCAAAUACUUUUAUACUUUUACUCAAGUAGUAUUUUGUAAGGGUGACUUUCACUUUUACUUGAGUCAUUUUCUAUUAAGGUAUCUGGACAUUUACAUUACAUUUAGUCAUUUAGCAGACGCUCUUAUCCAGAGCGACUUACAGUUAGUGAGUGCAUACAUUAUUAUAUAUUUUAUUUAUUUUUGUCAUACUGGCUCCCCGUGGGAAUUGAACCCACAACCCUGGCGUUGCAAGCGCCAUGCUCUACCAACUGAGCUACACGGGGCCCGUGACAAUUGAGUACUUUUUCCAUCACUGAUUGUUUAAAAUGGCAGGUGUAACAUGGAAAACAAAAUGUAUUUUAUUACCUGAUCAUAUUGUGAAUAAAGCCCACUAGGCUAUGUAAUUCGUUGUCAUUAUAUCAGAAUAAUUAAUAGGAAGAGCGUUGGGUGUUGCGCAAUAGUCUAUCCUACACAAUUGCGCACAGGAGACCAAUCCGAGGCACAAAAACAUAUUAAAACAUAAACUAAUUACCUUGAUGCCUUCGCUGUUAAAUCUAAUGAGACCCUGCUGUAAAUCAGGCAGACAACAGAUUACCAACCUCAAUUCGCUAGGGAUAUUAGAUCCAACGUGGAUCCAGGCACAACUGUCUUCACCAGCAUAACGAAUGAGACAGCAAAAUAUUCUGGACAUUCCUCGCAAACACCUUUUUUCCAGCACUGGGGCUGUUGUUGCUUUGCAUGCACUGACUAUCACAACAGCUGUUCCUCACUUGGCUCUCAUUUGGAAAAUUCCUCCCUGGAUCAGAUGAUGAUGAUGUGAAAAUAUCAGUGUAAUUAAACAGUUCAACACCAAAUGCGCAUCCAACAUGUAUUAUGCAUAAUUAUUGAAGAACCACAUUAAUGACAGUAUCGAUUUAGGUUUUAAGUAUCAAGGUAAGGUGUGACUUUCGGUUAGAAGCAUUCGAUUUUUCACAUGAAAACUGUUUUCACCAUGUAACACAAAAUGUUACGUAGCUACACUGCAUUUCUAUACAAAAAAUUGCCGGACAUCUAGAUCCAGGAUUCUCACAGGGUUCAAGUUCAAUGUCUAAUUUAACUGAUUCAUGCUUAAUAUAGGAUAUAACAACAACUUACACUGCCAAAAAUGCAAGGACAGAAAAGUAAUGUUUUGUUUCACAAGAUUUUGGACAAAUCUGUCAAGACAACAACUGUGAUAAAGGGUUAAACAUAGGUUUUAAAUCAACUCGUGGACUUUAUUGAAUAUAGCUAUGAUUCCCCCCCCCCCCCAUCAUAAUGUAAUUACGAAAACAAUUGGCAGAUUAUUAUCAAUGACUUAUCAACAGCUGUAACAAGUUGUCCAUUGUAGGAAAUCCUCACUGGUACCCUAGUUUAUAGAAAGACCCAUAUUACAGAUUCCCUGAUGUGUGUCUGGACGGCUGAGGGUGGUGGGGGUAAGGGGUUAACUAGCGUAGUGGAAACACUGGGGGUCAAUUAGCCCUGCUUCUGUCCCUAUGGACCCCUGGGCUGGGGGGCAGGGUAGAGGGGCUGGAGGAGUGGGAGUAAUCUGCCACUCUUAACACACGCAUGCACUGAUAUAUACGCAUACACACACACACAAAUAUGUGCAGGCACACACACACAAACUUACAUAAUGGGCGGAGGACUCAGUGGAGUGUGGAAGCGUGGAGGAGAAGUCAUCUGGAGAAAACGCAUGGCAACAUGCACACAGGAUGAGAGAAGUAUAAGGAGGAGGAGGGAGAGAGGGGAAGAGAAAAAGGGGGGAGGAGAAAGAGGGAGAGAUGGGGGGGGUGAGAGAGAGAAGGACAGAAGGCAUGGAGGAAAAAUAUGUGCUUGUCACAUUACGAGAGGGUGUGUCAGUGUGAGAUGAUAAAACUAUUUAACACCUUUUUUUCACCCUUCAAAUCAGCAGAAAAAACAUUAUUGUUCUUUGUUGCUGAAAGUGGUCCCAGUUCAGAUUGGGUCUAAAUCACCCUCUUGACACAGUCACAUUUAUUAUUUUGGAUUUGUGUGACCCCACAUUUCCCUUUUCCCCUCUCACAUUCCUUACUUUCCCUCUUUUACUCACUUCCUUGAUUGGUAACCAGUUGUGGGAAAAGAUGACAUGCAUGAAGGCUAAGAGGAAAGGGAAACAGCAGGGUUUGUCAUCUUUCUCUCUCUCUCUGUAGUUCUUUCUUUCUUAAUCUCUCUUUUUCUCCGUUCUUUGGAGGUGUGUUCUCACAUCUGGAGAAACAGGGUUGGUGACGGCAGCAGCUCAUUCACUCCCCCUCCUUCUGCCCACGCUCCCUCUCUCCCUCCCUCCUCCUCCUAUCUCUCUCUCUUCUCUCUCGCGUGCUCCCCCUCUCCCUCGCACUGCGCUCCGUGUCUCUGUUUGCGUUACUGGAAAUCAGAUUGUGAGCCGUGGAGAUGCUGGCAGAAGCACAGUGUGGAAUAAGCUUGACAUCCCAGAGAGGGACCAGUGUGGAAUUCUCCGGCUUUAGAAGAAGACUGAAAACCAUAUAAGUAUUCUCUGUUCUCACAGACUGAAGCCACCUCUCAUACCCUGUGCCUUCCUUAUUGCCUCAUCUUAGAUUUGAAACGUAUAUUUUUACCUUUAUUUUCUUUAGCUUCAUUUCCAAAUGAACAUCAACUGAGGGAGACCUUUUUUAAUCUCUCAACAUUUAAAAGAAAAUCCCAACCUUAGACGAGAGGUUGUUCUGGACAGUGCUGGAUCUGAACACUCGGGAAGUGGAUACCUUAGGGAUUUUACUCCCCGUUAGUUAGUUCAUAUUAACCUUUUGGGCCAGAAGUCUCAGCACACAGUCUCAGGUAGGAUGACGGAGGUCCUGGUGUCAGAUGUGAACCUGAACACAGUGUGUGAGCGGCUGGAGCAGCACUGCUGUGUGGUGGAUCACCAGCAGAACAACCAGCAGCAGCUUCAGCAGCCUCAAACCCCCUCCUCAGCCAUCAAGAGGCACACCAACACCGGGGCCAAGCUAUGGGGCCGCGUACGCAGCAAGCUCCUCAGACAAAAGGUCCCCCCUCCUUUCUUUCUUUCUUGUCCUCCUUUUUGUUAUUUUCUCUCUUUCUCCUUUUAUCAUCUUAGUCACGGUCUUCCUUCUGUCAUUGUGUUAAUCUUUUUUUUGCUUUUUACUCCCUCUUUCUCUGUGUGUUUGUUGUCAUCCCUUUCUAUCUCUUUCUAUGGUCUUACUGGACUGACAAGGUCUCUCUGUGUACUUCAAUGCACUGUGGUGAAAUGUACACCUAACAGGUACUGUAGCUCUCUGCUUUGUCCUGAUGUUAUUAGAUGACAGACUGGUAGUGAAAUGCAUUAAAUGAAUGAUUUAGGUACAAGGGAGAAUUUACUGUUGGUGCGGAGCUGCAGUGUUAUUGCCCUGAGUACUGUGUGUGUGUGUGUGUGUGUGAGAUGCCAUAGUGAUUUCACACAUUACACCCCUCCCACCACUUUCUCAUCCUCCUUCCACGUCUACCACUCUGCUCUUUUUGCCCUCUCUCCUCAGUGCAAAGCCAGUGAAGGGGAAUGAUGAUUUACCUCUCUCUGUGUGAUAGCCGAUCUGUUAAGGUUAUCAGAGGUGUUUUGGUGUAGCUGAGCGUCUGAGACUGCUCCCUCUGCUGUUCUGUUCUGAGAAAUUAUACCCCUAGACACUGAUCUAACCCAGUUUAGCAUUUCCCCACUAAUGGUUGAGGUGAGGAUUUUGGUGACAGUAAACUGAUCCUAGAUCUGUGCCUAAGGGCACCCUAUACCCAGAGUGUGUUGUGUUGGUAGAGGUUGGAUAUGACUAACAAUCCUCUCAGCAGGGCACCUGGUAACCCAGGGUGAGACCCAUUAGGGCACCUGGUAACCCUGGGUGAGACCCAUUAGGGCACCUGGUAACCCUGGGUGAGACUCAUUAGGGCACCUGGUAACCCAGGGUGAGACCCAUUAGGGCACCUGGUAACCCUGGGUGAGACCCAUUAGGGCACCUGGUAACCCUGGGUGAGACUCAUUAGGGCACCUGGUAACCCUGGGUGAGACUCAUUAGGGCACCUGGUAACCCUGGGUGAGACUCAUUAGGGCACCUGGUAACCCUGGGUGAGACCCAUUAGGGCACCUGGUAACCCUGGGUGAGACUCAUUAGGGCACCUGAUAACCCUGGGUGAGACUCAUUAGGGCACCUGGUAACCCUGGGUGAGACUCAUUAGGGCACCUGAUAACCCUGGGUGAGACUCAUUAGGGCACCUGAUAACCUCGCAAGAGAUGCAUCACUGACACAUUCCUCACUAAUUAGACAUGGCAAUUACUGUCACCCCAGCAACAGGCGGAGGAGAAGCAUGGUCCAGCUUAUUACUCUUUCAAGUUUGACUGACUCCUCUGUCUGGGGAAUAUACACUUACACAUGCAUGCACACACACACACACACACACACACACACACACACACACACACACACACACACACACAGAGCUGCUGUUGUAGAUAUACCUUAGCUUCAGGUUCUAGGCCAUGACUCAUGCGUGGGAGGAAGAAGGUUAUUUUUAGGAGAUACUGUUUUUAUCCCCUGUGCUACAGGUAUUUUACAGAGGCAGUUGGUCUAUGCCUGUUUGAUAUCAGCGUGCUGGUAUCCAUUAGCCACUCUGCAUUGCUUCAUAUGGUGGGAGUUUCUGGGUGUAUUUCUGUGGUUAUAUAUGCAGCAAUACACAGUGUUAGACCGAGGAAACUAGGUCUGUAUAUAUCUGCACGGGCAGCACUUUAUGCAACAGCAGUAAUUGAUGUGCAUGAUAAAGGAGGACAGAACUGUGGUGCUAUACUAGAACAAAGGAUCCAAGAUCAGGGCUGGAGUGAACUCUGUCUGCAGCAGGCAGCAGCACUUUAGACCAGACCUGGGUUCAAAUACUAUUUGAAAUCAUUUCAUGUAAUCGUUUGAAAUCAUUUCAAAUAGAUUGAGUUUACCAGGCAAAAUUUGGAACCAAUAGAAUAGCCGCAGAAGUGAAAACCCUGACCAUUCUUAGUACUUGAACAGGUCUGCUUUAGACGGGUCAAUAAAGGGCGUUCCCUGCUUCUGCUGGCUGGAGCUGACAGUGACAGGUCUAUCUCCUCUCUGCUAGUUUCUCCUGACACUGCAGCCUAAACCAGGAUCAGGCCUGGAUUACAGGCAGAAAUCCCUUCAACUUUACCCCAUCGAUCUCAGCUGAUCCCAGACCUGUCCACACACUCCUCCUGAGUCCUCCUGCACUGCAGGCCUGAUAUGUGGAUUUGAGCGAGAGGAGGGGAGGGAGGGAGGAGAGUAGGCUGUCUGUUUGGGCUGUUUUGCUUCAGCUAAGUGCUGCACACUCACAAUGUUAGUUUUCUAAAUACACUGAUACUCAGUUUACACACACAGAGCCACAUUGACCUGUGUUUACACAUCUGUACCUCUCUCAUAAUCACAGUAUAAUACACACCUUCACACACACAUGCAUACUCUCACGCUUGCAUAUAUUUUCACACACUUGAUCAUGCACUUUCUUUUUUCUCUCCUCUAACACAGACAUCCUCCCAUAGGAGCAUGCUUUCACACUCGUGGAUGCAAGCUAUGAGGUCUCAUUCAUUCAUGUUGAAUGAGUCUUUGAUGAUUGGGUCUGAGUAAACGUCAGGUCUAUGAAUGAUCUCUCAGUUCCAGCCCGAUCCUAACCCGACUGGGGUCAAAAGUGUGAAUUAUUCCCCACCACAUUUACCCUACAGCAGCACAGAGAAUCAGGCUUUGAACCAGAGGGGCAAUAUAAUCCCUACUAUUACCACUCUGUUAAAGGGUGCUAAGAUGGAGAGGAAGGGAAGAGAGAGUGUGUGUUGAACAGUGUGUGUGUUGAACAGACUGCAGGGUGUGAGAGUGUGUGUUGAGGAGACUGCAGGGCGUGACAGUGUGUUGAGGAGACUGCUGGGCGUGACAGUGUGUUGAGGAGACUGCAGGGCGUGACAGUGUGUUGAGGAGACUGCAGGGCGUGACAGUGUGUUGAGGAGACUGCUGGGCGUGACAGUGUGUUGAGGAGACUGCAGGGCGUGACAGUGUGUUGAGGAGACUGCAGGGCGUGACAGUGUGUUGAGGAGACUGCUGGGCGUGAUAGUGUGUUGAGGAGACUGCAGGGCGUGACAGUGUGUUGAGGAGACUGCAGGGCGUGACAGUGUAUUGAGGAGACUGCAGGGCGUGACAGUGUGUUGAGGAGACUGCAGGGCGUGACAGUGUUGAGUAGACUGCAGGGCGUGACAGUGUAUUGAGGAGACUGCAGGGCGUGAGAUGCAGGGCGUGACAGUGUUUGAGGAGACUGCAGGGCGUGACAGUGUAUUGAGGAGACUGCAGGGCAUGACAGUGUGUUGAGGAGACUGCAGGGCGUGACAGUGUGUUGAGGAGACUGCAGGGCGUGACAGUGUGUUGAGGAGACUGCAGGGCGUGACAGUGUGUUGAGGAGACUGCAGGGCGUGACAGUGUGUUGAGGAGACUGCAGGGCGUGACAGUGUGUUGAGGAGACUGCUGGGCGUGACAGUGUGUUGAGGAGACUGCAGGGCGUGACAGUGUGUUGAGGAGACUGCAGGGCGUGACAGUGUGUUGAGGAGACUGCAGGGCGUGACAGUGUGUUGAGGAGACUGCAGGGCGUGACAGUGUAUUGAGUAGACUGUAGCUGCUAGCAUGUAUUAGUGAGAUUUAGAUGGAGGAAGACGAGGGGUGUGUGUUUGUUGAGUAACGUGUGUUAGUGAGUUUUAAACUGGGAGGAAGAAGAGGGAGGUGAGUACUGAGUACAGACUGAGCAGGAUCAUUUAUUUUACAGCUCUAAUUAAGACUAUGCAGAGGAAGAAGAGCGAGGGACUCCAGUAGAGCUUAGGCUGGCAGAGAAAAGGUUUAUUUGAGGCUGAAUCCGAUAUUAUGCCCGUUUUUAAUACCGGGAUCAUGAUGUUUUCUGUUAAUUGUGUUCUGAGGCUAUGUCCUCUUCCAUACUGAUUUCCAUUUUGGCGAGUUAUUGUGUUUUACCCCUUGGUUACAGUAUCCUUAGGAAUCAUGACGAGCAAAAGCAGGGAAAACGGGAACAAAAGCAGUUUCCUGCUGGUUUGGGGUAUGACAGAGAAUGAAGUAUAACUAUUACGCCCAUCCCUCUCUCAAUCCCUAAUCAUAUUUCUCCACACAGAAAAUGAUGGCAUUCCAUUUGAGUAUGCUGAUUAGUGUAGAUGACAUAUUACUGUUUCAUACCCCCGUGCCUCUUUAAAGGGCCUUAAAAUGCCUGCCAGUACCCUAAUGGAGCAUUUUAUAGGGCAUAUAAAUCUGACUGUCACUACAGGGGGUCCAGCCCUUCACUGUCCCCCACGAUCCCCCACCAGACACCCUCGGGCUGGCUAAUGCGCUCCAGGAGGGGGGCAGGGGAGCAUCCUCAGGCUGCUACCCAAGAUGACCCUCUCCCUGCUGGGCUGGGUCAAACCUGCUGCCCCUGGUAGAAGAGUGGGGUCUCUCUCUCACGCACUCACACACUCAGUCACUCACUCACUCACUCACUCACAUAUCCAAAUAGUCUAGGAGUGUUAACCCCCUCUGGAUUCAUACGAGUGGUGGGUCGUUUUGGCUAACGAGUGUCUACCUACACAAAGACUAUUAGCAUUCGGCUAGACUAGAGGAAUGAAAGUGAAGCAAAAUAUCCUCUCAAACAGUAUAAAUGGUGUUUCUAAAUGCUGUUUACCGGUAUGUACCUGAUUUACAAAUGACCUAUACAAACACUUCUUUGGAUACCCAUAUCAUCACUCUAAAUACUCUGAUAAUUCCCACAAUGAGGACUAAUAAAAAACACUUUCCAUCCAAGACCAAAAAGAAGGUAAUCAAGGUAUUGAAAAUGCAUUUGAAAAAUUACUUCUGGGUCAUUCUCACGAAACUGUAUACAAAUAAAAUAAUCUCAAGUGUCAUUUUUCACGAAAUGUCCUCUUGAAUCACUGAGAUACGGAUCUGUACAUAUCUUUUUCAUAACUAUUAUUAUGUAAACAUGUAUAAAAUGACCUAAAUGUAAUCCGGACACAUUUCGGUAAUGAGAAUUUGGGGUGAAAAUGUACAACAUUCUGGCGCACAUUUUAACAUCUUAGUCCUCAGAAUUAUAUAUAUAUAUAUAUAUAUUAAUGCAUCAUGGUUUUGUACCUCAAUUUGCCCUUCUAUGAGUUAACAGAAGAUAAAACACUAACUGUAAGUCGCUCUGGAUAAGAGCGUCUGCUAAAUGACUAAAAUGUAAAACAGAGAGACGUUGUUGUAACCGCCUAUCAUUUUACUCUCAGGGGUUUUACAUAAGAACGUCCUCAACUCUGCAGGCUACUGUGAGGCUGCCCUGCAUGGGACCACUCUCUGUAGUGUAUAGAACAGAACUGUGAGAACAUUAGAGUGUCCGUGUUGGUGACCUAAAGGACAGGUCACACUAUCUCCUGUACUAAAUGUACAUGUAAAUCAUCAGUGUUGUUAGUCACGCUUGCUGCAGGCAGGAACAUGCUGUUGUGUAAGACUUGUCUUAAAGCAGAUGCCUUCAUGUUGCAUGAUGUUUAUGAAGCUGGAUCUUAUACUGUAUGACUGAGACACGCUUCCCUUAGAAGGCUGUGAUAGGAUGCUUGGGCUGGUCUAUGGCCAAUCACAACUCUCCGCCUGCUGAGAACGCAUGCUGGUUGGCUCAAACCAGGAAGUCUUGUAAGGAAGCUCAUGGCGACUGAGUCAAGCGGCCUCCUCACAUGUCCAUCAUGACAUCAGCAGCUCUUUACCGAAGCAUCAUAUUAUUACUAAGUACAGGGAUUUACAGUGCAUUCGGAAAGUAUUCAGACCCCUUUACUUUUUCCACAUUUUGUUACGUUACAGCCUUAUUCUAAAAUGGAUUAAAUAAACAUUUUCCCUCAUUAAUCUACACACAAUACCCCAUAAUGACAAAGCGAAAAUACUUAUUUACGUAAGUAUUCAGACCCUUUGCUAUUAGACUCGAAAUUUAGCUCAGGUGCAUCCUGUUUCCAUUGAUCAUCCUUGAGAUGUUUCUACAACUUGAUUGGAGUCCACCUGUGGUAAAUUAAAUUCAUUGGAAAUGAUUUGGAAAGGCACACUCCUGUCUAUAUAAGGUCCCACAGUUGACAGUGCAUGUCAUAGUAAAAACCAAGCCAUGAGGUCGAAGGAAUUGUCCGUAGAGCUCCGAGACAGGAUUGUGUCGAGGCACAGAUCUGGGGAAGGGUACCAAAACAUUUCUGCAGCAUUGAAGCUCCCCAAGAACACAAUGGCCUCCAUCAUUCUUAAAUGGAAGAAGUUUAGAACCUCCAAGACUCUUCCUUGAGCUGGCCGGCCGGCCAAACUGAGCAAUCGUGAGAGAAGGCCCUUGGUCAACCCGAUGGUCACUCUGACAGAGCUCCAGAGUUCCUCUGUGGAGAAGGGAGAACCUUCCAGAAGGACAACCAUCUCUGCAGCACUCCACCAAUCAGGCCUUUAUGGCAGAGUGGCCAGACGGAAGCCACUCCUCAGUAAAAGGCACAUGACAGCCCGCUUGGAGUUUGCCAAAAGGCACCUAAAGACUCUCAGACCAUGAGAAACAAGAUUCUCUGGUCUGAUGAAACCAAGAUUGAACUCUUUGGCCUGAAUGCCAAGUGCCACGUCUGGAGGAAACCUGGCACCAUCCCUACGGUGAAGCAUGGUGGUGGCAGCAUCAUGCUGUGGGGAUGUUUUUCAGCGGCAGGGACUGGGAGACUAGUCAGGAUCGAGGGAAAGAUGAACGGAGCCAAGUCCAGAGAGAUCCUUAAUGAAAACCUGCUCCAGAAUGCUCAGGACCUCAGACUGGGGGCGAAGGUUCACCUUCCAACCGGACAAUGACCCUAAGUACACAGCCAAGACAACGCAGGAGUGGCUUUGGGACAAAUCUCUGAAUGUCCAUGAGUGGCCCAGCCAGAGCCCGGACUUGAACGCUAUCUAACAUCUCUGGAGAGAGCUGAAAAUAGCUGUGUAGCGAUGCUCCCCAUCCAACCUGACAGAGCUUGAGAGAAUCUGCAGAGAAAAAUGGGAGAAACUCCCCAAAUACAUGUGUGUCAAGCUUGUAGAGUCAUACCAAGAAUACUUGAGGCUGUAAUCACUGCCAAAGGUGGUCUUGUUUUUACAGGACUUAAUAAACAAAAACAAUCCCUAGGUUGGUGUUUUUAAUAAAAUGAAAUCCACGGCCCAUUCAGUUGAGCUAGUUAGUUUUCUAAUUAAACUGGAUGAGAACAUUGCUGUUUAUUGCUAAUUUAAAACAGAACAGUCAGUCACUGAAUUAAUAUUUAAAUUAGUCUCCCAGUGAACAGAAAGUGAGAGGUACAGGGAAUGUAGCAAAGUACAAAAUAAAAUAUGAAGAGGAAUUAAUUAAUUCAGGGUAUGAUAAAUCCAUACUUUAUCAUAAUUAAGUUCUGCUUUAAAUAUCACUGCCAAAAUACAUUAACAUUCCCAAUUAAUUCAACAAUGGAUUAAUUAAAGAUUAUGGAGAAUGUCUGUAUAAUCAGAGUGCACACUGACACGUUUCUUCCCUGAUGUCAUUGUCAAUUUACAAGAUUGUCAUGUUGUGAAACCUACCAGUGCUUUAAAGUUCCAUAUACAUCCUGUAUCUAUGUAUGAUUGUGUGUUUUUAUGUAUGUAUGUAUGUUUGUGUGUUUGUAUAUAUGUAUUUAUGUAUGUAUGUACAGUGCCUUCAGAAAGUAUUCAUAUCCAUUUGACUUAUGCCACAUUUUGUUGUGUUGAAGCCUGAAUUCAAAAUGGAUUAAAUAUGUUUUUUUUUCUCACCCAUCUACACACAAUAACCUAUAAUGACAGUGAAAACAUGUUUAAAAAUAUAUAUAUUCUCAUUUAUUGAAAAUGAAAUACAGAAAUAUCUAAUUUACACUAGUAUUCACACCCCUGAGUGAAUACUUUGUAGAAGCACCUUUGGCGGCGAUUACAGCUUUGAGUCGUCUUGGGUAUGUCCGUAUCAGCUUUGCACAUCUGGAUUUGGGGAUUUUCUCAUUCUUCCUUGCAGAUUUUCUCAAGAUCUGUUAGGUUAGGUGGGGAGCAGUGGUGAACAGCAAUCUUCAAGUUUUUCCACAGAUUUUCAAAGGGAUUCUUGUCUGCGAUUUGCCUGGGCCACUCAAGGACUUUCACAUUCUUGUUCUGAAGCCAUUCCAGCGUUACUUUGGCUGUAUGCUUGGAGUUAUUGUCCUGAUGGAACGUAAAUAUUCGCCCAAGUCUGUCGUUUGCACUCUGAAGCAGUAUCUCAUCAAGGAUUUGUCUGUAUUUGGCGCCAUUCAUUGUUCCCUCUAUCCUUACCAGUCUCCCAGUCCCUGCCGCUGAAAAGCAUCCCCAUAGCAUGAUGAUGCCACCACCAUGCUUCAUGGUAGGGAUGUUGUUAGAUGGGUGAUGAGCUGUGCCUGGUUUUCUCCAGACAUAGCGCUUUACAUUCAGACCACAGAAUCUUUUGCCUUAUGGUCGUAGUCUUUCAUGUGCCUUUUUGCAAACUUCAGGUGUGCUGUCAUGUGCCUUUUUCUCAGGAGUGGCCUCCGUCUGGUCACUCUCCCAUAAAACCCAGAUUGGUGAAGACUGUUGUCCUUCUGGCAUGUUCUCCCAUCUCAGCCAAGGAACUCUGUAGUUGUGUCAGAGUGGUCAUUGGGUUCUUGGUCACCUCCCUGACUAAGGUUCUUCUUGCCCGGUUGCUCAGUUUGGUUAGUUAGGCAGAGUUUGGGUAGUUCGAUAUUUUUUUCAAUUUCCCAAUGAUGGAGAACACUGCUCUUGGAAACUUUCAACACUCUAGAAAUGGUUUUAUACCCUUCCCCAGAUAUGCCUCAUCACAUCUCAGAGAUCUCUGUACAGUUCCUUGGACUUCAUGGUAUAGUUUCUGCUCUGGCAUGCACUGUCAACUGUGGGACCUUAUAUAGACAGGUGUGUUUAUUUCAAAAUCAUGCCCAAACAAUUAAAUUGGCCACAGGUGGACCCCAAUCAAGUUGUAGCGACAUCUCAAGGAUGAUCAAAGUAAAUUGGAUGCACCUGAGCUCAAUUUGGAGUGUCAUAGCAAAGGGGUGUGAAUACUUAUGUAAAUUAGAUUUCUGUAUUUAAUUUUCAAAACAUUUGCGAACAUUUCUAAGAACAUGUUUUCACUCUGUCAUUAUGGGGUAUUUUGUGUAGAUGCAUGAGAAAAUUGUUAUAUUUAAUCAAUUUUGAAUUCAGGCUGUAACACAACAAAAUGUGUUAUAAGUCAAGGGGUAUGAAUACUUUCUGACCUACAGUUGUUUUUCUUCCCAAGAAGAGCCAUGACAGUUUCACAUGCAUCAUUCAUAAACCAGUUUCUUUCACCAAAUUCCCCAACCUAGAUCUGUCAUUUGAUGUCCUAUGUUAGAAGCAGGUAACCGGUUGAUGGUGAUGGGGAUUGAGACUGCCCUGUGUUGUAGAUACAGUAUUCUGUGGAGGGUUGUGGAGAGUUCAGUCAGUGAGAGAUCUAUCUAGAAUAUAAACAUCUCCAGAGGGACCUCAGCAUCUGUUUGUCCAACUAAUUAAAUCCUGCAUGGGCUGUGCUCUGUCCCCCAUAGGCAACAGCAGUCGGAUGUGUAGAAGGGCAUCUCAUCAUACGCACAGUAUAGUAUUGGUCAAAAGUUUUGAGAAUGACACAAGUAUUGGUCUUCACAAAGUUCGCUGCUUCAGUGUUAUGAGAUAUUUUUGUCAGAUGUUACUAUGGUAUACUGAAGUAUAAUUACAAACAUUCCAUAAGUGUUAAAGGCUUUUAUUGACAAUUACAUUAAGUUUAUGCAAAGAGUCAAUAUUUGCAGUGUUGACCCUUCUUUUUCAAGACCUCUGCAAUCCGCCCUGGCAUGCUGUCAAUUAACUUCUGGGCCACAUCCUGACUGAUGGCAGCCCAUUCUUGCAUAAUCAAUGCUUGGAGUUUGUCAGAAUUUGUGGGGUUUUGUUUGUCCACCCGCCUCUUGAGGAUUGACCACAAGUUCUCAAUGGGAUUAAGGUCUGGGGAGUUUCCUGGUUUUGUUCCCCGAGCCACUUAGUUAUCACUUUUGCCUUAUGGCAAGGUGCUCCAUCAUGCUGGAAAAGGCAUUGGUCGUCACUAAACUGUUCUUGGAUGGUUGGGAGAAGUUGCUCUCGGAGGAUGUGUUGGUACCAUUCUUUAUUCAUUGCUGUGUUCUUAGGCAAAAUUGUGAGUGAGCCCACUCCCUUGGCUGAGAAGCAACCCCACACAUGUAUGGUCUCAGGAUGCUUUACUGUUGGCAUGACACAGAACUGAUGGUAGCGCUCACCUUGUCUUCUCCGGACAAGGUGUUUUCCGGAUGCCCCAAACAAUCGGAAAGAGAAAAUGACUUUACCCCAGUCCUCAGCAGUCCAAUCCCUGUACCUUUUGCAGAAUAUCAGUCUGUCCCUGAUGUUUUUCCUGGAGAGAAGUAGCUUCUUUGCUGCCCUUCUUGACACCAGGCCAUCCUCCAAAAGUAUUUGCCUCACUGUGCGUGCAGAUGCACUCACACCUGCCUGCUGCCAUUCCUGAGCAAGCUCUGCACUGGUGGUGCCCCGAACCCGCAGCUGAAUCAACUUUGGGAGACGGUCCUGGCGCUUGCUGGACUUUCUUGGGUGCCCUGAUGCCUUCUUCACAACAAUUGAACCUCUCUCCUUGAAGUUCUUGAUGAUCCGAUAAAUGGUUGAUUUAGGUACAAUCUUACUAGCAGUAAUAUAUUUGCCUGUGAAGCCCUUUUUGUGCAAAGCAAUGAUGAUGGCACAUGUUUCCUUGCAGGUAACCAUGGUUAACAGAGGAAGAACAAUGAUUUCAAGCACCACCCUCCUUUUUAAAGCUUCCAGUCUGUUAUUCUAACUCAAUCAGCAUGACAGAGUGAUCUCCAGCCUUGUCUUCGUCAACACUCUCACCUGUGUUAACGAGAGAAUCACUGACAUGAUGGCAGCUGGUCCUUUUGUGGCAGGGUUGAAAUGCAUUGGAAAUGUUUUUUUGGGGAUUAAGUUCAUUUUCAUGGCAAAGAGGGACUUUGCAAUUAAUUGCAAUUCAUCUGAUAUGCAAAUUGCCAUCAUCAAAACUGAGGCAGCAGACUUUGUGAAAAUUAGUAUUUGUGUCAUUCUCAAAACUUUUGACCACGACUGUACAGUGUGUGUGUGUAUGUACAGUUUAUGUGUUUGCCUGCCUGUUUUGAUGUAUACUCAGUGGAUGUGCCUUAAGUUAGAACACGUUGUAGCCACUAUUCACUGACCUAUUCUAUACCGUAUGAAGAAGCACACUACAGAUAGGAGAGGUGACAUCACAGUAACCUGAGUUGGCUCUCCUCCUGUCUUCUCUUCUCAUCCACUCACUUUCCAUCAUCAAUUAUUUCCCCCUCUAGGUUGCCAUAGUAACACUGUGUGUGUGUGUGUGCGUGGGCUGGCAUUGGCAGUAGAAUGGCCUUACUGAAGAGCUCAGUGACUUUCAACGUGGCACCGUCAUAUGAUGCCACCUUUCCAACAAGUCAGUUCGUAAAAUUGCCCCGGUCAACUGUUAUUGUGAAGUGGAAACGUCUAAGAGCAACAAUGGCUCAGACGCGAAGUGUUAGACCACACAAGCUCACAGAACGGGACCGCCGAGUACUGAAGCGCGUAAAAGUCGUAUCCUCUGUUGCAACACUCACUGCAGAGUUCCAAACUGCCUCUGGAAGCAACGUCAGCAAGAACUGUUCUUUGGGAGCUUCAUGAAAUGGGUUUCCAUGUCCGAGCAGCCGCACACACAAGCUUAAGAUCACCAUGCGCAAUGCCAAGCGUCGGCUGGAGUGAUGUAAAGCUCACCCCCAUUGGAACCUGGAGCAUUGGAAACGCGUUCUCUGGUGUGAUGAAUCACGCUUCACCAUCUUUCAGUCCGACGGACGAAUCUGGGUUAGGCGGAUGCCAGGUGAACUCUACCUGCCCGAAUGCAUAGUGUCAACUGUAAAGUUUGGUGGAGGAGGAAUAAUGGUCUGGGGCUGUUUUUCAUGGUUCAGUCCAGGCCCCUUAGUGCCAGUGAAAGGAAAACUUAACUCUACAGCAUACAAUGACAUUCUAGACGAUUCUGUGCUUCCAACUUUGUAGCAACAGUUUGGGGAAGGCCCUUUUCUGUUUCAGCAUGAAAAUGGCCCCCUACACAAGCGAGGUCCAUACAGAAAUGGUUUUCCGAGAUCGGUGUAGAAGAACUUCAUUGGCCUGCACAGAGCCCUGACCUCAACCCCAUCGAACACCUUUGGGAUGAAUUGGAACGCGACUGUGAGCCAGGCCUAAUUGCCCAACAUCAGUGCCCGACCUCACUAAUGCUCUUGUGGCUGAAUGGAAGCAAGUCCCCGCAGCAAUGUUCCAACAUCUUGUGGAAAGCCUUCCCAGAAGAGUGGAGGCUGUUAUAGAAGCAAAGGGGGGACCAACUCCAUAUUAAUGCCCAUGAUUUUGGAAUGAGAUGUUCGACGAGCAGGUGUCCACAUGCUUUUGGUCAUGUAGUGUAGCAUUGCGCGCACACAGACACACACACACACACACACCAGGAGAGUCAGCCCUCAGAGCCUAGGGGCUGCUCAGAGAACAUUGUGUUCCCACCAAACGGAGCAUCAUGCUGGCUAAACGGAACACAUCACAUCGCUACUCAUUCAUGCACAUACUCACCCUCAUGCUUUUUAUGUCUUUGCUCUCUCUCGCUUUUCUCUCGAAGUAUUUGACAUUUAAGCACUAAUAGAAUUAAUAGUUUUUCCUCUUCUAUUUUUAUCAUGCAGAACAUUCUGUGCCACAUGAAAGAUAGAUGAUUGUACAGUGUAUUCAGUGUGGAUAUGUAUUUAUACAGUAUCACCAUGUGUUAUGAUCCUCUCCCCAGUCAGUCACAGUGUUUUAGGCAGAGCAAAGGAGGCUUUGAGCUUUGGAGGAGUGAUGAGAUCCUGAUUGGAACCAUCGUUUGGUUUGGAUGUUUCCUUUAUCCUUCCACCAGCCCUCCUGGUUUUCCUGUCUUUCUUCCUGUCUUUCUUUCUUCUACAAACACACGCUACCAAUCUGUUUCAGGGAUUCUCUGGAGAGAGAGGAUUUGGCUCUGUGAUUCAUCUCUUGGGAUUUUGAAGACUUUGAGGACCCGCCCCCUUUCUUCUUGUGCGUGCUUCACCUCAUAUACUCUUCCCUCUGAUGGGUUUCCUGGACUUUUUUCCCCCUCAUCUCCCUUUGUUUUACCAGCCAGCAGGGCACAACCCCAAGUCACACUGUGGAGAUCAUUCUUUCCAUGUCUAAACUUCAAAGCAACAUUUUCAUACAACGUAUCUUGCUUCCAUCCAUCCAUCCAUCCUCUGUGAUAGGUUGAGAAUAUAUAGUGUAGAACCAUACUGAUUCUGAAUCAGUUGCAGUUUGCACUAUAAAUAAUACCUUAGCUAUGCAGUUUGUGGUCUGUCUCCCCUUGAACCAGCUCACUUCCCAGGCAAGGAAAAUGAAUAAAUAGGGCCAGAAGUUCUUCCUGUAGUUUUUAAUAAAGCAGCAGAGGAUUAGAAGUGAACGGUGGAGUGGUUGAGGGGUCAGUGGGUGCGCUGACGUAUUAAAGGGUCUUUGUAUUUUUAUGUAACCCAAUUUGACGAGAGAGAGAGAGAGAGAGAUGUAUUUUGGGGGGCUAUAUGGGUACAGGAGUCCUCAUCAGGCUGUUUGUUAUUUUGGGCUCCUGCCCAGAAAGACUCCUGGCACUGGUGUAGUCAGGACCCCAUAGCCAUGAUUAGGGGCAACCUUAUUUAAAGCCCAAACCCUGCUUGGAAAAUUGGCCCUAAUGGUAAUAGAUGUCUGAGUAACUGAUAACAAAACAAGCUUUUUAUUAGGUAAUUAAUUACACUCCCUAAAUACAAAGUUCUCCCCUACUGUAAAGUUACGAUAAGGUAAGUGUGCUGGCCUUGCGCUCGCUCAGCAAUAAACGAUUAUGGGGCUUUUAAGACCAACAAGCACAUAAUCUAGGAAGGUAGUAAUGACAUAAGUGUAAUUGUGAUACACAGGGAACUGCUGAAUCAGCCUAUAAAAGGCAUUAGCUCCUCGCUGUAGAAGUGCUAUGCUAGUGAGUGUGGCUCUGGUGUGUGUAUCUAACACACACACACUUCUCAUCAUACAUCAUGUCAGAGCUCUAUUCUCCCAGGGCACCAUGAGAAAAAGGCCCAGCUCUGCCUGUGUACUGAGCAUGGUGAAGAGUGUGAGCCAGACAUCAGCCAUGGCUGCUGCUUACCCCUAGAGACAGCCAAAUGUAAAUGGGGAAAAGCACAACCCCUGUCCCUGUCUCCCUUUCCCAAUGGACACUCUGCCCUGUCUCUACCCUCAAGCAUUUCAGCAGAGGUAGAGAGAACCUGGCCCACAACCAGAUGACAGUUCAACUUACAAGAACUAACAGGAACAAUAUGAAACUGAGCACUAGCAUAGCAAUACAAUGGUAGUGAACAGAAAGGGCAUCUGCAGAGCUUCCAUUGUUGUGUGUUAGCCUGAUGUUCUGAUUUAAUUUGAGAAAGGGGGCUUUCUUGUUUGCUGUAUUUUCAUCUCAAUCAGUGUGAUUCAUGUUCACAUUAGUGAAAGGAGGUAAAUUUGAUACAUAUGUUAGUUAGUCCAAUGGAGGACUGUUGGGGUGAAUGGACUGUUUCAUGAUGUGUGAAAGAGGGGCUGUUGUGUGUUUGUAUCAGGGGAGAACGACUGCCCCCUCUCAUUGAAGCCACUGACGUUCAAUGCCGACCGCAGUACUGCAGGCAUUGUUAGCAGAAAACAUGUAAAUAAAUAAAAAAUGUCAAAGACAAUCAUGGUACCAAUAAUAGCUUCUAAUACACAGAUGUAUGUCCUUGAACCGAUUAUUUUAAAAUCGCACACAGAAGAAGUUAUAGGGAUAGUGGCGCUGCUAAUGGCAACCUGCAAUACCCCGGUCAGCCUUUAACUUGAGUUACUCAACGAGAGGGGGCAGCACUGAGCUAGCCUGCAACAUCACUUCCUGGAGUAGCUCAUACUGCUCAUGUUAUGUCUCUAUGAGACGCCAUCUUAACAGACUUUAUUUGGCUUCAAUGCGCUAUUGCGUCUUCACAUAGGAAUGAAUAGUGCCACGUGAUCGAUGGCAUUGUCCAUUCAUAUAUACAGUAAUUGGUUUUAAUGCAGAGAUAAUCCAUGUCGUUAGGUAGGGACAGACCCACAUACAGCCCUCAGGCUGGCUAGACUACAGAGGCUCCUCUCAGUCUAAACACACACAUACGCACGCACACUGGAGGGGGCACAUUACCCAGCAUGCACCACUGCUCCAUCCACACAGGGGGUAAAGCCCAUUUAACUUGAUCAGAUGUCAGCAUCCUGAAAAUUAAAUGACGGAAAAAAAUAAGUUCCCAGGGAUGUUUUGUCAUUUAAAUAUAGACAGGCCUGUCUGUGAAUUUCCAUCAAGGAGGCAAAUGGAAAACUGGGUAUUUUUCCUCCACAUACAGCAGAAGUCAGAAAAUAGCCCUCCUCUUCUGGCCCAUGCUGAGGGGAGAGUCUCGUCUCGGGUCGGAAAACAAACUGUAGCGGGGCCUCGUUGUUCUCUUGGCUGGACUUAAAGGAGCUCCUCAGAGCCUCACCAAAGCAUGACGGGAGGGAGACAUCUGGGGUAGGUGUUAGAGAGGGAGAGAACGUAACAGUGUUUGUGUCCUAAUAAACAUACUAUUUCCUCCAGUGCAGUGAACCCUAGGUAGGCAGAGGUCCAGGUCACAGAGAGCUAGCGAGGUACUGGGGUGUAGUGACAAGUAGAACACCAAACAUAGGCGAGAACGUAACAUUUAUGUUUUGGUGACUAUGGGAGCGUAGCAGUGUUUGUUUCCUAAUAAACAUACUUUUUCCUCCAGUGCAAUGAACCAUGAGUACUCAGAGAGAGCUGGCUAGGUACUGGGUUGUAGUGAUAGAGGACGUUAGCAGUAUUAGAACACAGGCACCAGAAAUGAGGCUUUAGUGUCUCUACUAGAGUGCAGUCUUCUAUAUGAUAUACAGAGUGUGUUCUGUGAGGGUCCAUGUGAUUGUGUCCAUGAUACGUGUAUUUGAACACUCAUUGCUCUUGUCGUACCUUCUCUGUCUCCUACGAGGCCAUGCAUUGAUGUGGCUUGUGUAGAGACUAUAACUGUACUCUCUUUCUCUGUGUAUUUCAGCUGGACCCUCAGACAGUGCAGUCCAAGAACUGGCACAUGGACGUCAUAGAGAUGAACGGGGUAAGGGACUUUUUAGGAACAUUUGGGGCCAGUUUCCCGGACCGAGAUUAAGCCUAUUCUUGGACUAAGACGCUUUUUCAAUGUUGAAUCUGGUACUGUCAGUCAUUUACACAUCUCAACCCUGUUAAUAGAAGAUGACUGUUAGGGAUUAGUGUGUGGAUAUUAUAACGAAGCUUGUUGUUAUAGUUGGCCAGGGCCAUGCAACAUUAUCUUUACGAGUUUGGCCAACUCUCUGAUUGCUCCGGAACACAGUGUUUUUAAACAGCCGUAAAGUUUAAACAUCUAACAACGCUGGAUCCACUUACACUCCUGGAUGUUGUGAAAUGAUCAAAAGAAAGCACUUGGAAGCUGUGUAUUUUAAACAGUUUAAAGUAGGGACUGCAGAUUAGCUAUGUAGCUAAAAGCUGGUGCAAUGUUUGCUGUUGAUGGUCCCUGUCAAAUUAACCAAUAAAUAUGCAGCUUGUUUGACACUUUGUAUGUAUCGUCUCCCGCAGAUCAAAGUGGAGUUCUCCAUGAAGUUUACGAGUCGGGACUUGAGUCUGAAGAGAACGCCCUCCAAAAAACAGAGUGGGGUGUUCGGGGUCAAAAUUAGUGUGGUGACAAAGUAAGUCAUGUUGAUUUUUUUUAUUCAAACAUAACUGCAACAACAUGAUACAUUUUUACACUUCUAGCAUUAGCAUCGCAAUAAAUUAUUGUUGACAGUAAUCUAAUUACAGUAAUAAUACUGCAAUAUCAGUCCUGAUGAAUAUUGGUUGUCCCCCCCAACAGGCGCGAGCGCUCCAAGGUGCCUUACAUAGUCCGCCAGUGCAUUGAGGAGGUGGAGAAGAGGGGAAUCGACGAGGUGGGAAUCUACAGGAUCUCAGGGGUGGCCACCGACAUCCAGGCCCUCAAAGCAGCGUUCGACACCAGUAAGAAACACUCAUACUACGAACACUUCAAAGCACACCUCAGUCUUCAUCAACAGAGAGAGGAUUUUUACAUUUUAGUCAUUUAGCAGAUGCUCUUAUCCAGAGCGACUUACAGUUAGUGAGUGCAUACAUUUUCAUACUGGUCCCCCGUGGGAAUCGAAUCCACAACCCUGGCGUUGCAAGCGCCAUGCUCUACCAACUGAGCUACAUGGGACUAUAUUUCCUGGCCAUGGGAUCUGACCAGGCAUACAGUGAGGGGAAAAAAGUAUUUGAUCCCCUGCUGAUUUUGUACGUUUGCCCACUGACAAAGAAAUGAUCAGUCUAUAAUUUUAAUGGUAUAUUUAUUUGAACAGUGAGAGACAGAAUAACAACAAAAAAAUCCAGAAAAACGCAUGUCAAAAAUGUUAUAAAUUGAUUUGCAUUUUAAUGAGGGAAAUAAGUAUUUGACCCCUCUGCAAAACAUGACUUAGUAUUUGGUGGCAAAACCCUUGUUGGCAAUCACAGAGGUCAGACGUUUCUUGUAGUUGGCCACCAGGUUUGCACACAUUUCAGGAGGGAUUUUGUCCCACUCCUAUUUGCAGAUCUUCUCCAAGUCAUUAAGUCAUUGUUUUGGGUCAUUGUCAUGCUGGAAUACCCAUCCACAACCCAUUUUCAAUGCCCUGGCUGAAGGAAGGAGGUUCUCACCCAAGAUUUGACGGUACAUGGCCCCGUCCAUCGUCCCUUUGAUGUGGUGAAGUUGUCCUGUCCCCUUAGCAGAAAAACACCCCCAAAGUAUAAUGUUUCCACCUCCAUGUUUGACGGUGGGGAUGGUGUUCUUGGGGUCAUAGGCAGCAUUCCUCCUCCUCCAAACACGGCGAGUUGAGUUGAUGCCAAAGAGUUCCAUUUUGGUCUCAUCUGACCACAACACUUUCACCCAGUUCUCCUCUGAAUCAUUCAGAUGUUCAUUGGCAAACUUCAGACGGGCAUGUAUAUGUGCUUUCUUGAGCAGGGGGACCUUGCGAGCGCUGCAGGAUUUCAGUCCUUCACGGCGUAGUGUGUUAACAAUUGUUUUCUUGGUGACUAUGGUCCCAGCUGCCUUGAGAUCAUUGACAAGAUCCUCCCGUGUAGUUCUGGGCUGAUUCCUCACCGUUCUCAUGAUCAUUGCAACUCCACGAGGUGAGAUCUUGCAUGGAGCCCCAGGCCGAGGUAGAUUGACAGUUCUUUUGUGUUUCUUCCAUUUGCGAAUAAUCGCACCAACUGUUGUCACCUUCUCACCAAGCUGCUUGGCGAUGGUCUUGUAGCCCAUUCCAGCCUUGUGUAGGUCUAAAUACUUAUUUCCCUCAUUAAAAUGCAAAUCAAUUCAUAACAUUUUUGACAUGCGUUUUUCUGGAUUUUUUUGUUGUUAUUCUGUCUCCAAUGUUCACAUAAACCUACCAUUAAAAUUAUAAACUGAUCAUUUCUUUGUCAGUGGGCAAACGUACAAAAUCAGCAGGGGAUCAAAUACUUUUUUCCAUCACUGUAACUCUGGGCCCUAUAUAUAGACUAUAACCAGGGCCAUGAGUUUUUCCUGGUCAGGUCACGUUAUCAGGAAUAACUCCAGACCCCUGUGAGCUGUCCUGUCAUUCCACUCUUCCCAUCCUCCCUGUUGUACUGUGGGCCGUGCCGGGAUCAGUCAUGGCAGAGGGCCUUCAGCCUGGCUAUAAACAGAGAUGGUUGUGGGAAAGGACAGGAAAAACACAGGUCUGAGGAGCUGCAGCUGUCAGCUGUGUGUUGUCCUCCCUGGGAGUCCCAGAACCAGAAUGUGUCCCAUAUGGCACCCUAUUCCCGAUAUAGUGCACUACUUUUGACCAGGCACCAUAGGGCUCUGGUCAAAAGUAGUGCACUAUGUAGGGAAUAGGGUGCCAUUUGGGACAUAUCCUCAGUCACAGCCCCUAGACCAAACCAAAUGCAUGAGUGUCUCUCUGCUGUGUUCAUGUCUCACUGAGCUGAGAUCUCUGGUUGUUUGGGUUUGUUGCCUGUUAUGUCAUCUCUGGAGCCAGAAUGAUCAGUUUGUUGGGAUGAUACACUUCCCUUAUCUAUGUUUUCUCCCCCCCCCCCUCUCUCUCUAUCCCUCUUUCUCUCCCCUCCAAAGAUAGCAAAGACAUCCUGGUGAUGUUGAGUGACAUGGACAUCAAUGCCAUCGCGGGGACGCUGAAGCUGUACUUCCGUGAGCUGCCAGAGCCCCUGCUCACUGACCGCCUGUACCCAGCCUUCAUGGAGGGCAUAGGUAUGACCUCUAUCCUCUAACAGACCAUAUAAAUUAAUACAUCUCAAUGCAAUACCAUAUCAAUACAAUUAUUAUGCAUCUCAGUGGUAACAGAUAGAGGGGUUAUUUCUUUUUUUAUUAACAGAAAAUGAUACAUUGACAAGACAACAUUGAAAGGAUUGUUAAUUUUUGCCCCUUAGAGGGGUAAUUCUUAACUUAUUUGAUUCUCUUUCCCCUCUCCUCCUGUAUCCUCCUCCUGUAUCCUCCUCUUCUCUGCAGCUCUGUCGGACCCUGCAGCCAAGGAGAACUGCAUGAUGCAUCUGCUGCGCUCUCUGCCUGACCCUAACCUCAUUACCUUUCUCAGCCUGCUGGAGCAUCUCAAGAGGUACACACACACACGUGUACACAUAAGGGGCCAGUAACUACUACUGGUGACAGUUUGGGCCAUAUUAACUGGCAGCCUAAUACGUUCAGAGUGGGCUUUGGAGGAGUUCUGGGCAGAAUACUGUCCACGUGCGAGUGGUUCUUUAAGCCUGCUAUAAAACUGUAGUCUGGAGAGCUUCACAUUCAGCUCCACUCUGCCUGUGGUCAUGAGAUAUGCUCCUGCUACUCUGACCGCACCACACUCAUUAGCCACUGACUGAUUGACCCAAUAAGACAGAGGACAGAGGGAAAAGUCAUCAGAGUGUUCAGGCCAGACACUGUGUGGUCAACAGAGCUAACACACACACACAUCAAGCCCUGGAGAGGAAUCAGCAUCAGUCUGCACUGGGCCUUUUACGCCAGCCCUGUUGUGGUGAGGUUAAGGAGCUAGACUGAGGACCUAUGGUCCAGUUGAAGGAAACACAUUAAAGUCAAUGAAAAAGGACUUCUCUACUGUUAAAAUGACUUCUCUACUACUAUUUUGUCUUUGAAAAUAGCUGUGAUGGUUUUAGAUGGCCGACCAUGUGCUACUUACUUGGAAAGGCAGUGUGUAACCACAUUGGAUGACAUCAUGGUGGUGCCUGUUAAAACUGCUUUCAAUUAGAAGGCCAUGGUAGAGCAGGGCCCAGCCCAACCACAGACUGGUAACCACUAGCAUGGGCAGGAACACUUAGGAAACACUAAUGGGUCUCCUCCUAUCACUCACAUCUGAUCUAGGACUAGCUGUCUGUCAUCAGCUAUAGUAGUAAUGGCCUGCGUGGGGACUUAUUCAUACUCUGAGUAAAGUUAGAUUUCACCACCGGACUUUUAAAAGAUCAGGUUUAUGUGUUUGUUAUGGUUUCCUACCGCAGGGAAGACAACAUUUGUCUGAGAGUAUAUUAUUGUCAUCUAGCUCUACAAUGUGAACUAGAGGGAACUAAGAAUAAGUUUAAAUGUAUAGUGCUGCUGUGUCAAUUUCAGUUACACAUUACUUCACUCUCACGCCUCCUCACAGAAGUUAGUGUUUGAAAAGAACACUUGGAGCCAUGUGUAUCCCCAGGGGAGGUGCUUUAUAGUGUGUAUCCCCAGGGGAGGUGCUUUAUAGUGUGUAUCCCCAGGGGAGGUGCUUUAUAGUGUGUAUCCCCAGGGGAGGUGCUUUAUAGUGUGUAAAGCUGUGACAGUGUAAAGGGUAGUGAGAUCUCAGAGGUUGGCACGCAGGAAGGUCCAUAGAGAGAAAUCAGAUUUCUACCUAUUGGCAGGCCUGAGGUCAGUUCACAGACCUAGCGCUGGGUCAGAUUCCACCCUACUGCGCCAUGGAGACAUUAUUAUGGCCUGAUCCCAGUACAGCUCUUUAACACCCAGCAGUACACUGUAGUCAGUCAACAGAACGUACACAGACUACUCUCAUAGACACGCUGAGGACACCUGCUGGACGCUCUGGUGGAUUUCAAGUGUGACAUGAAUGGCUCUGCUGUUGCUAUGGAGAACAUUUAUAUAAGUUACAGCAGAUGGUAACUUAGUUCAGACAUGGUCCUUGUAGAAGAAAUACAUACAAAACACACUGUGCUGUACUGACAGUGAUUGCUUUGGAAAAGGGGUUAUCAUAGUAACAAGGCCAGACCAGCAAACAUGUCGCAUGACUAGAAAAAUAAUUAAUACUGCUCUGUCCCUGUGGUCACUGUAGUCUGACUGGUCUAUCUGUCUGUUUUGUGUUUCAGAGUUGCUGACAAUGAGCCCAUCAACAAGAUGUCCCUCCACAACUUGGGCACAGUGUUUGGCCCCACCCUGCUCAGGCCCUCUGAGUCCGAGGUCACCAAGGGACACAUCACCCUGGCCUCUGACAUCUGGUCACAUGACGUAAUGGCACAGGUCAGUGUGACUUGGGUGCGUAUAUUUGUGUCCAUCUGUGCAUGUGCGUUUGCUUGUGAGAAUGUAAGAGUUAGCUAAGGGGGAUGUGUGUUUGAACCGUGUCAGUUUGGUCUGGUCUCCCAGCUGUAUUUGGACUAUUUGGGAAGCCCCUCCUGGAGCUCUGCCCGGUGCUGAGCGAGAAACCCCUUCCUGUUCACAAAUGACUUAUUCUAGGCCGUAUAUAAACAAUGACUACUGUAAAUCACCAUAAAAGCCACAACACUAACAGUAGAAUGCCAUACUUCAUCAUUACUGUAAAGAAUGAGAGACAACUGUUUGUGCAGUGGCUUAUUACAUCUCCAUAUGUUUAGUAGAUAGAUACUCAUACGGAUACUCAGAUAUCAUGGAAAGAUGCUUACUGAGUCACCUUCUGAGUCAUGUACAGAAUGUGUAGGUCACAUGGCCUCUCAAAGCGCCAUAUCCUAGUCCUUUUUUGGUUAUAACUAUGAUAAUUGGUAUUUAAAUGAAACACCAUUGAUUUUAGGCUCAAGCUCUUUCUCUCUCCCCAUCUCAGGUCCAGGUGUUGCUGUACUACCUGCAGCAUCCUCCCAUCUCCUUCGCUGAGCUGAAGAGGAACACACUCUACUUUUCCACUGACGUU